AUGGCCCGCAACGUCGUGAACGCGGCCAAAUCGGCAUCAAGCGUUGUCUCAAUCAAUAAUAAAUACUCCGUUCAGUCCACGGGUUUAUGGGAGCGUGUCCGCCGUCUAUUUGCCAUUGAUCCCGACCGCUCAACCGGUGUGCCAUUGAAUUCUCAAUUUCGUCUUCCCACGCCUGGGGCUCUCCCACCGCUAUCGUAUGAUGACCCGGUUACGGUUCCAGCCGGCGAUAUCGCCGACAACCCGUACUGGAAACGCGACGUCCGCAGAAACUACCCAAAAAUCAGCACAGUGAAUCAGGCGGAUGCCGUUGGCCUUCUCACUGUAGGAAGCCAGGCGGCGCCCAGGGAUGACAUUCUACAAAUUGGCCAAGCAGGCGAAAAGCAGCUCGUUUCGGUAAAACAGGAAGGUGAGGAGCGGGGACUUGCGGGUUUGUUCCAAAAGGACAAGAAUGGCAUCAAAGGUGUCCUAGGACCCAAUGGCCUGCCACCAACACCUUGUAACUUGAACUCUGCUUCGAAAUACCAGAUUGAUGAUCAUCAUGGUUACCCUAAUGUGUACCCCUGCCGCACAUUCGUUUAA